AUGUUCAUGACAUUCUCCAGGUCGAUAUUAAUUCUUUAUGACAUUACACAUUACAUCUAAUUUGAAGCUUCAACUUCAAGGUUCUGACAUGUCAUAGAAAAACUAUGUAACGUUUACUCACUUUGCUUAAAAUAUAUCAAAUAGAGCUAGUUUUAGUAAUUAUUUUUAAAGCAGUUUAAACCAAUAAACACAGUACUCGCGGAAGAUAAAGGAUGGGUUUGAAUUGCGUGCGACCUGUCGAUCCUUUAUGUGCCGUGAUACCAAGAAAUAUUGGACUCGAUGCUUCAUCAGUUAGAGACUCAGAGUUGCCAAUUAUCUUUUUGAUUGGAGGUCCAGGAGCAGGAAAGACGACGCAGUGUGCGCGGAUAGCAGAGCACUACAGUUUCUGCGGCAUCGUAAGCAGAGAAUUAUUGCGCGACGAAGUAACCACUGGCUCACAGAGAGGCGCUAUCUUGGCAUAUUUGAUGUCAGAGGGUAAACUAGUUCCCUCGGAUGUUAUGAUGGAGCUCGUUAAAGCGCGGAUGCUGAGCAGCUUAGACAUGACCCGAGGUUUCUUGUUGAGCGGGUUUCCUAGGGAAAAGAUACAGUGUCAGCAUUUCAAUAGACAAAUUCGACCGCCAGAUCUCGUCUUGUACUUAUACGUCAGAAACUCACUGUUGAUGGACAGAGUCCUGGCCAGGACCAUCACCGCCACCGAGAGGCAGGAACACAGUACCGAUGAAAAAUGGAGACGAAUCAAGGACCACAGUCGAAUGAUCAAGCCUAUCCUAAAGUAUUACAAGAAACAACUGGUCGUAAUCGACGGUGAGAGAGAUGAGCUGGAAGUCUUUCAAGACAUUUGCUGCGCAAUUGAUAACGUAUUGAUGACCUUUCCAAGUACAUCUAGUAAAAACGGUUAAUUAUAAUUUGAUCGUUUACGUACACUGUUUGUUAACUGCACUGGCCCAGCAAUACAUCAAUUACAAAGUUUUAAGUUACUGAUGGAGUUUUAUAUCGCAUUACGAAAAUAAACUAUGCUUUGUUAAGUACUACAUUAAA